AUGGCCCCUGUCUUGCUCAAAACCGUCGAUGACGACAUUCGCGAUGUCGUUCAGCACCUUUUCGAGAUUCAAUCAGCUGUCCAUGGCUAUCUGGGGCCCGAAACACAGCAAGAGCUCGUGCACAAAAUAAAGAACCUCACCAUUGCUCUCAAAACGCUCCACACACAUACCGAACUGCCUCCCAACGCCGCCGAGACCGCAGCCCCCAAUACCGCCGACCCUUCCAAUCCUCCUCUCGCUAGCAUUCAACUGCCACCCGAGAUUAUCGAGUACGUCGAUGCGGCGCGCAAUCCGGAUAUCUACACCCGUGAAUUCGUGGAACUAGUCCAGCGCGGCAACCAGGAUCUAAAAGGAAAACGAGAGGCUUUUGCCGACUUUCGAGAUGUGUUGGCCCGGGAGAUGCGCAGCGCCAUGCCCGAAUGUCGCGCGGAGGUGGAUCGGGUCAUGGCCAUGACGGGUGGUGCUACGGACGGGGAUGCUCCGGGUCAUGCCGAUGGUGCAUCGAAGUGA